GAUUCAUUCAUUUAUUGAAAAAGUUGCUUAACAUCUCGGGUAUUUUCUCCUUCUCACCUGGACAUCCAUUCCUUCUUCUCAGCAUAUUAUUACACCACAUUGGUUGAGUGGUCUUGUAGUAGAGUGCUAUCAAUUCCACCAUCACCAUAUUCUGUGCCUUUAUCUCGAAGACCAUGAUGGCUUCCAAUACCCUUGUCCCCAGCCAGCAAGAAGAAGACGUCUAUGAAGAAGAGAAUGUGCAUCAAGUAUACCAACAGAUUGCACAUCAUUUUUCAUCUACCCGCUACAAGCCCUGGCCUAUUGUGAAACAAUUCCUUACUGAAUUGAGGCCCGGGUCAAUUGGCUUAGAUGUGGGGUGCGGCAAUGGAAAGAACCUGAGUGUAAAUAAGGAUGUUUUUAUUGUAGCUUCAGAUCGGUCUGUGAACCUUGCCCGCAUUGCCCAAGCUCACCAGCCACAUUCGACCGUAGUCGCCGACAUCCUCAGCCUUCCACAUCCCGAUUCUUCCUUUGAUUUCGCCAUUUCGAUCGCAGUGAUUCAUCACUUGUCUACUCCAGAACGGAGAGUCGGUGCUAUCCGUGAGAUAUUGCGGACCCUAAAGCCUGCCUCCGAUACAGUGCCGGGCGGAAAAGCUCUCAUCUAUGUCUGGGCUCUAGAGCAGAAAGAUAGUCGUCGUGGUUGGGACAAAGGCGAUCAACAGGACAGAAUGGUUCCCUGGGUCAUGAAAGGAACUGCGUCUGCUGGCAGUGAGCCCCAAGUGUUCCACCGAUACUAUCACCUUUACCAAGCCUCGGAACUAGAGCAGGACAUCAGUGACGCAGGUGGCUAUGUUCUGGAUUCGGGGUAUGAAAAGGAUAAUUGGUGGGCAAUUGCGAUGCGGCCAGGUCCCAAUUUAUCAUAGGAUGUGCGCAGAGGGCGGGUGGACUAUUCUGAGGCCCAACCCUAGUGCUGUAUCACAUUCUCAUGGCAUGGCAUGCGAUGAAGCCUCCCAGGGCCGUUCCCUAUGAUGAA